AUGCUUUGGCCUUUCCGACAAAAUGGCCUCGGUAAAUAGGUUAUCAGAAGCGCUAGAAAACUUAUCAGUCGAAGCGAAAGAACUUUAUCUUAAUUUAGAGGUGCCAAGGCUUGGAAAACCUCCGACUCCCUUGGAAUUUUUGAGGGACUGGGUGAGCCCAAAUGUUCCAGUUAUCAUAAAAAACGCGUUCAAUCAUUGGCCAGCGCUUGAAAAAUGGAAUAGCGAUUAUUUGAGACAGAAAAUUGGACACAGGACCGUAACUGUUGCGGUCACACCUAAUGGAUACGCGGAUGCCGUAGUGGGAGAUAAGUUCGUCAUGCCGGAAGAACGGGAGAUGGAAUUCUCCAAGUUUCUAGACAUUCUUGAAGGAAAAUCUAAAGAACAAGGGAUAUUUUACGUUCAGAAGCAAAAUUCUAACUUAACGAGCGAUUUUAAAGAAUUAUGCGAAGAAGCUGCAUGUGAUAUACCUUGGGCAACAGAGGCAUUUGAUAAAAACCCUGAUGCAGUCAACUUUUGGAUGGGAGACAAAAGAGCUGUCACCUCGAUGCACAAAGAUCAUUAUGAAAAUUUAUAUUGCGUGAUUUCUGGUUCUAAAGUUUUCACAUUGUUACCACCAAGUGACUUGCCUUUGAUUCCUUAUGAAUUAUACUCCCCAGCCAGAUAUAAAGCUAGCAAUAAUGGUGAUUUUGAAAUUGUGGACGAAAUUGUUGAGAACUUUACAGAAGCAGCACUAAAACAAAAAGUGCCCUGGAUUGCUAUUGAUCCAUUGAAUCCAGAUCUGAAUAAAUAUCCAAACUAUGCAAAAGCUAACCCUGUCACAUGUGUAGUGACUGCAGGGGAGAUGUUGUAUCUACCUUCCUUAUGGUUUCAUCAUGUUCAACAAUCUCAUGGGUGCAUUGCAGUCAAUUUUUGGUAUGAUAUGGAAUAUGAUAUCAAGUACAACUACUACAAAUUUGUUGAGGCUGUGGCCAGCCUUGCUAACAAACAUUCUUAAAAUUGUUUUUCUGUCCAGAAACCAUGACUCAUUUUCAACUGGCUUACACAAAUUCAGAGGCCCCUCUAUUCUACCAUGAAAGGUAAGGUACAAGGUAGAAUACAACAUCUUGUGAACAUUUUGUUAAUUUUGCUCAUGCACAAAUCUUUUAUCAGUAUCAAUGGGCUGAAAAGCAGUUAAUAGAGUUUCACUUCCUUUAGACAUUCUUUAAAACUUGGAAAAUCUUGUUGAAAGUAAAUUUGAUGAUUUAGUAUCAGGCCUUAGAUGUUGACUUUUCAAAGGGUCCAGUUGUAACAGAAAGGUUCUUUCUAGAAGACAAUCUCUCUUAAAUUGAUCAUGUUUGAGUCAAGUUACGUCUUGCCAUCUUGUUGGUCCCAUUUUUACCAAACCUUACUUUGGUUCCCUCCAGCCAGGGUUAUAUUACCAAUGUACGCAUGAUAAUUUGGGAAUGGUUGAGCAGCUACUGCCCAUGUAGAUGCCUUUCCUGAGAACACAGUUUAAAGGGCAUUUAAGCCAUAGUUAGUAUGGUACUAUGUGUAAGCCCCAAAAACGUUCAUUUUCUAUUCACAAAGCUGUUUGUGGCACUUUGCGGUACUGGCGGUCAAAAAUUUUUACAUAGUUAGUAUGGUACUACGUGUAAUACUUGAAAUACGUACUUGAAAUACGUGCAAGUCUUUUUCGAAGCCGUUCUUUGCCGGUCUCGUCACGAUUUUUGUGCUUACAAUCUGUUUGAAUAUAUUCAAUUUUUUCAUGAUGGUAAAGCAUUGUCGCUCAGUUUUGUACCAAUUCAAACAAAAUCGGGCAUAAAUUUCCGAAAGGUGCAAAUUUGUUCAAUUGAGAAGAGCCGAUGUCGUCGAGCCUUCCGAACAUUCUGUUGCUUAUACCAGUCAAUUUUCUCCCGAUUGUUACGGGAAAAGCUACAUGGUUGAAAUGGGCCUUAAAAACCAAAAAAGUACUUCUUCCUGGCGCUGUACCGACGAUUCAGGCCCUACUAGAAACAACUUCUUCUGAAGUAAAAUAGUGACCCAUGGAGUAGGCAGACAGCGAGGAUCCGGAAGUGGCAGACCGAAAUGAGAAACAACCGAGAAGAAGUUGAGCUCUUCAAAAGUUAGAAUCCUCAAGAAUAAUAAAUAAUUAUAAAUUUAUAGGUUCUCUAAAAACACCUAUUUUUCUCAGCUAUUGAAAGAUUAUGGGGAAGCCAGUUGUUUGGGAGUCAGCGCUGAGCCCAUAAAAGACCAGUGACCUGUAUGAACCUUCGCCUGAAACCGAAACACGUGUCAAGGAAAAAGGAUUCGUUGAUGGUCUACAAUGUGAUCUGGAAUUUUGUUGGUUUGAUGUUCCACCGAUAAAACAUUAGCUACUGCAUAGAAUCUACCAGUUUAGCGCUAUUACCUCCCACCUACGUGGAUGUCCUUCGGAAGAAAUACGUACGCGCGUCAGCAUCACUAAAAUCCUAGCAAACUAUGAAGUUUUCGAUAAUAAUAUAAUUUCAGCGAGUUUUCCCAAUAAAAAGCGUCAGGACCCGAUAAGGCGUGAAGCGCAAUGACGACGAAUCAAGAUUUCCCGGGAAAGUAACGCAUUGCAGACGCGUUUUUUUCUUUUUUUAUCCCAAUCGCUCGGUGGCGCGUUGAGGAGAACGACACAAAAAUGGGCAAAGUUGUCAAAGGCAACGGAAAAACCCGCAGCAAAAAUGGAAAAACUGGAUUCGAGGCGCUUGUGAAUGUUUUUGUAUCAAGGCUGGUAACCUCGUUUUUAACUUAAUAAACGAAAAAUUUUGUUUUGACGGAGACUUCUUUAUACGACAUCUGAACGCCAGCGUGGAGCAAAGUAUCAGUCGCUUUCAUCAAGUAUGCAGAAAACAUGAAAAAGAGUCCUUGCCACGAGAAUACCCCCAGGGGACUCACCCAGGUACGAGAUUGUCACACCUUCCAGAUUUAUUGAAAUUUGAAAAUACGUUCUUCUAAAUAACUCGCACGCAAUAAGGGAUUUUUGUUUUUUCGUAAAGUUAAAAUGUGACUCCAAUUUAGUCAGCAUCUACUGGUGGGAAGUGACCUUAAUUUAGGUGCACUAAUUUACAUUCGCAUGAAAACGAUUAUACGCGAAAUCUCUUUAAUUGAACUUACCAUAAAUGGUGAUAAGAAUAAAGGACAACAAUAAGGUUGCAUGCUUGAUUUAGCUCUGCAUAUCUGCAUGCAGUCAUUCAUAUUGUUCUCUACUCUGCAGGGAGUAUCUAAACCUUAACUUCAACAUACAAUUUAAUUUGGUAAUGAUUUGUCUCGACUAUGAAUCUUCACAGAUUCAUCAUUCAUUUUUGGGUUCUUCAUGUUACUAUUUUGAGAGAUAAUCAUCUAAAUAGUUUAUUCCAUUCAUAAUACACUCUUAAUGCUCUUACUUCUCCAGU